AUUUUACAAUUCUAGACAUUUAGUUGUGAUAGAAAAUUCCGUACUGUAAUUCGAAUGCUGAAAUUUUCGUCUUUUCUCGAAAGAUAUUUUUUUCCGGAUUUAUACACAAGUUAUACGCAAAAUAUUUCCCAGAAAGCAUCAUCAAACAAAGAUGGAGGACCUUGCGGUGGAAGUAUGCUGGAAUAACGGGGCCUUUUUAAAGGCUUUUAUCAAGAAUAUUCAUGAUGAUGAGGUUACUGUUACGUUUGAAGACAGUACAUUGCCCGAGAAAAGAGUUAAAUUCUCUGAAGUCCGGUUACCUCCAAAGGAAAUGCCCCCCAAGUUGGAUUACAAAGUUGAUGAUAAUGUUGAGGCACUUAGUAGAUCAGCGGCUGAUGACAUGGUAGGUUGGUGGCCGUCCAAAAUCAAAAUGUUGAAAGGUGAUUUUGUUGUAGUUGAAUAUUCAGGUUUUGAGUCUUCAAACACAGACAUUCUUCCUUUGGAAAGGAUUCGGCCUUUAAAUGAAAAUCCCUGUAUUUCAAAAGAUAGUUUUCGGAAAGCGAUUCUUGAAGUGCCAUCUGACUUAAGAGAAGUUUGCAGAGAAGAAAGUACAUUAGCAGAGUUCAAGAAGCAUUGUGGUGCAGCCGUUGUUAUAUAUAAUUCAGAUGAUAAUGCAUUAGUUGUUGUGUCCACUAAUUUCUCUGUGAUAAAGAAAGCUUCAUUGAUGGGAGAUAUGUUUCUGAGGAACUUACGCCAGAAAGUUUUAUUAAAACAAAGAACUGAGGAAGCUGUUAAAAAAUUACAGAGUGCUAAAAUUCGGUCUGGUUACAUGGAAGAAUUUUCUGUUCGAGAAGAUUUGAUGGGCUUAUCUAUAGGUACUCAUGGCAGUAACAUUCAACAAGCUAGAAAAGUACAAGGUAUUACAGGAAUUGAUUUAGAUGAAGAAUCCUGCACAUUUAAGGUUUAUGGUGAGACUGAAGAUGCUGUCCGAGAAGCUAGAAAUAUGCUUGAAUACGCUGAGGAGACCUUUCAAGUUCCACGCGAUUUAGUUGCUAAGGUUAUUGGUAAAAAUGGCAGAAAUAUUCAAGAUAUUGUUGAUAAAUCUGGUGUUGUUAGAGUUAAAAUUGAAGGUGAUAAUGAACAUGAGGCUCCUAGAGAAGAGCUCCUAGGAAUGCAUAGCCUGGAUGUUGCUAGCGUCCCUCUGUCCGCACCUAACGAUAUGAGUCAGGGUCAGGUGCCUUUCAUUUUUGUAGGAACUGUAGAAAGCAUAAGCAAUGCAAAGCUUCUAUUAGAAUUUCAUUUAUCGCAUUUAAGGGAAGUGGAACAGUUACGGCAAGAAAAAUUAGAAAUUGAUCAACAGCUGAAGAAUUUAUCAGGUCCCCAACAGAGCCCCUACUAUCCACCAUCAAGAGAGAGAAGGGGCAGUAAUGACCCAUAUAAUGAUGAAAGAAGGGGCCGCGGACCACCGAUGCGUGGAGUCAGGGGCAUGAGCCGAGUAGGUAGACGCUGGGCUAAUGAACGACAUAGUGGAAAUAAUCAAGGUGAUGACCCGUUAUCUCCUCGUCCUAUUUCUGACUGGUCAGCAGAGGUAGUGGAAGAAGAACGUCGGCAAGCUGGGUAUUUAACAGAUAGCGUAUUAAGUGGUCGAGGACGCGGCUUCAAGCGAGGAAGGGGUCGAGGACGUGGGGGAAACAGUAAUUCUGCAAGGGAUUCAGGCUGGUUAUCUCACGACCCACAUCAAGGUGCCUAUGAUGAUGAUGAUAUCCAAGAUCAAAGAUCACGUCGUCGAACAACAGAUGACGAAGACACAGUACUGGAUAAUGCAAGUGUAAACAGCCAAGAUCAAGAUCGUAGACGGGAUAAAAGAAGGAGGCGCAGAAGAAGAUUGCGUGGUAACGGUAGUGCAGCUUCUGGUACUGAGACAGACACAAGUGUAUCUAAUUACAGGGGCCGCUACUCGGCACCACCGUCGCGGGCCGGUUCUAUGAUGAGGAGCCCAAGUUACAAUAACAACAUGCAUAAGCCAGAAGAUUUCUCUGUGUCUGUUACGUCUGUCCAUAAUAACCACCAUUCUCAAUCUCCCCCACCUCACUCCUCACAAAUGCAUCUGCAACUGGGAGGCAACCGGCCUACUUAUAACAACAACAAUAGUAUGGUGGCAAAUGAAAAAGAAAUUAUUGUGAAAACAGAAAAUGAUUCUACACCCAAGCAACAACGAGAUGCUCGCAAACAAACCCGUCAGCAACUCAGUAGCAGUGAAUCCGACAGUAAAAAUAUAAAGAGCAAGUCGAGCAACUCUGCAACUUCUCCUACUGCUACUACUACUCAUUUCUGCAAAUCAAAGGAACAGCUUGUUAAUGGAGAACAAUGAGUAGGAUUGCAGGUUUUGAAUUCCCCUCCCUUUCCCUGACUUGUUGAAAGAAUCGACUUGAAGUCAGGUUUGCAGGCAAGGCAGACAUUGAAAUCAGUAACCACUGAUCAACGCUUAUUGAAUGGACUACACAGCUGGAAAAAUGCUGUUGCUGCUCCAAAACAUGAUUAAUUACAUGAAAAAAAAAAUGUUUUUAGAGAAAAAAAAAAACAUGAGUAAAUUUUUUUAAAAGUUUCUUUAAAAAAAAAAAAAUGUAUUCCUGUGUGUUUAGGAUGACUUACUACCCUGAAUUGCCUAGACAUUAGUCUAUUUUGUUUUCAAUUCUGGACUGAGCUCAAUCUAUGCAUAUAUUGUCAAGCAAUUAGUUUGCUUUGACUGUUGCAUUGUCUCAGAGUGCAUGGUAUAUUUGGCCUAGACAGUUUGGGGGGAAAGUUGGCAUGCACUGUGAAGGUAACAAUGUUGUUAAAUAUUCUGGUACAAUUAAGUUCUGCUAAGAGGUACAAUGUUGGUAGCAGGGUCUACAAUAGAGAUAUUGAAGCUGCUGGUAGCAGAAUGUAUUCCUUCAAUCCGUGUUGGCCUAAUUGAGUAAAAUUUUUUCAUGGUAAGAUGAUUAACAGCAACCUUUCUACUAUCAAUGCUGCCACCUAACCUCAUUCGGUUUGAUUGCUUUUGUUUUCAUUUCAAUUUACUUGCAGUCUGUAAUCCGUUAAUUUUGGUUGUUUUUUUUUUUUUGUUUUUUUUUUUUAAACUUAUCAUUUUGGCAUCUUAUUUAUUUCAUUUCAUUUCACUACAGGUAUUUGAACAUCUAUUUAAGCUGUAAAGUUAAUGCAGUUGUAAAACACUGCACACAGUAGUAAGUUUAGGGCGGAGGACUGCUAUAGAUGAGAAUAUAUCGUCAAUCUUAAAUUGAAAGCUAAGUGUAAUUGUCUUCCCAUUAACAGUUUUACUUGAAAGUACAUUAAAUUAAAUUAGUAGUGCUAUAACUUCUAAUUUCCAUGUAGUAUUCAUUUGUUACCUAUGAAAUGGUUUAAAUAAGCAAAGUUGCAAUGUAGCUAAAAGGAGCUUUACAUACUGAACUCCACAAGUAUUACAAUUUCUUUCAAUUGAUUCUAUCUACGGUUUAUUUCUAUAAUAUAUGGAAUAAUAUGACCACAUAAAAUUGAAAAUUCUCCAAAAAAUCAAGACAUUGGUUCAGUUAUUUUCUUCAAUAAUUAAAAGCAUUUAACAUAGGCCUCUUGGUUAGUUACCUUACGUAAUUAUUGUCGUCUUGAUUUGUUCCAUUGAAAAUAUAAUCUGAUACAUUUAACAGACAGUUUUAUGUGCAACAUUUUUCAAACCCAAAUAUAUUUACAAAGAAAUUCCAAUCUGGGCCAAACGUAUUUCUCUCUAAUUGCUAAUUUCUUGCCACCCCCCCACCUAUCUACAGACUUACCCCCCUGCUUAAAAGAUUUAAAAAAGAAAAAAUAGUUAUUAGCAAUAUGUGCAUAUAGCAUUUUGAUUGUUAUACCUUUUUUUUUUUUUUUUUUAUGGUCAACAUAUUAACAGUAUUAGCUAAUUAUUUGCUCCUAAGAUAACGUGUUGCUACCUUUUCUGCUAGCUUACUUUACCAUUUAGCUUUUUACUGCUGUUUAUUUCAUCUGUUUUUGCUACUCUCAUUGCUUUUCGUUAUGGGAGUGUUUAAAUUAUUUUUAUGAUGGAGUUUUUUUUUUUUUUUUGUCAAAACAGAAUAUUAAUGCUGGUGCUUUUUUUCGUUUUUUUUUUUUUUAUAUCCCAAUGUAUUCUAUAUCGAUUUAAAAUCUAUUUGUUCUAGUUGUUAAUACUCUUUGAUAGUUUUUUUUUUUUUCCUUCAAUAUGCUUAGUGUCUUUUCUUCAGUUAGUUUCACUAUUUUGCAUUAACCUGGACUAUAUUGACAACAGUAACAAAAGAAAAUUGUAGGUUUUUCUAAAAAAAAAAAAAGUAUUUUUUGUUAUUUGCUGUUAUUUUGUUUUGUGCUGUUUGAUUUUUAAGUGAUUCUUUAGGUUUCAAUUUACAGUGCACAGACUUAGUUAAUGUUAAAUAUACCUGUUCUCAAAUAGGUUUCAUUGAGGUGAGUUUAAUCACCUUUAUUUUCUUUCCAUUGUUUGACGAGAGAUAUUUCUACUGGUUUCAUUUUCUUUCCUGAUUCAAACCCACCCGUCCCCCAUUUUAAUGGAAAAAAAAAAUAAAAUAAAAACUACAACACAUGGAUAACAUUGCUUCUGGGUGGUCUAACUUUCCAGAUAGUCUAUGUGAUGCUGUUUAUAAAAAUAGCAUAAUGUACCACAACAGAUUUAUUAGAAGUGUCUAAAAUUCAUAUAUAAUUGCUGAAAUUAUUUUGCUUUAUCUAAAAACAAGUUAUUAAACAUAGAAAAUAUAAUUAUUUUUACUAACAGACUAAAUCUAAUUGAUUUAAAUUUUGGUUUGUGACCUACUAAUAUCGGUUUAAAUGUAGAUAGUGUUUGUUUUUUAAAAAAAAAGAAGCUACUUAGUGCUUAUUUUGUUGUGUAAUUGUCAUUCCAUGAUGAUGUAUCUGGUAUUUGGAGCUAAAAAAAAAAUGAUGGCUUUUUUUUGAUAGAAUUGCUCUGCUUUUGUCACAACAGAAUCAUCUAACAGUGUUUUUAAUUUUACUUUUAACUUUGAACAGCAAGUUUUCAUUUUGAUGCUAAAAAAACAAGUCGUCAAACCUUUACUUUGCCGUUGUCCUUUAGCAAUUAAAGUUGACAAUUAGUAAACAAUAAAUGCCAUCAAUGACAUAGGUUAAAACUCUUCUCUUAUGCACCAUUGUUUCAUUUUUUUUUUUUUUUUCUAAGGACUGAUCAGUUUUUGUUUUUAUUGAAACUAUUUUUCCAAGCAUUUUCAAACUAUGACCAAAUUGAUUUUUUGUUUGUUUUUUUUUUUAAAUCCUAGUAUUAGUGAUUGAUUACCAAGCCAUUGCUAGAUGCAGUCCUACCCUACACCUAUUGACAUCCUUUAUUUUUUUCGUUCCAAGUCAUAGAUUAAGAAUUUACACUAAACAGUUUUAAAGUCUUUCUAAUCCAAGCAUUUUCUCUUUUUCUGGAGAUUUUAUUUUGUUUCUUUUGCUAAUUUUUUUUUUUUUCCUUAUUUAGAAAAUGAAUAAAUGGUAUUUUUGCUAUAAUUUAGGAAUUAUGCUCUACUAAUAUAAACUGAAACUUUAAAAAUAAAAAAAAAUACUCUCAAACCUUGAUUCGGUGAGUCAAGAUGAAGUAAAACCUCAAUAAAGCCUUUCUGGAGCUGCUUUGGUUUAUCUUU